GUUGCGAGGCUAAUUUAAACCACAACCUUGGAAGGUCACUUGACGGAUUUAUAAUCGUUUAUGUCGCCAUGCGACUACGCAUAAGUCAUUUGCUUUAAGUCGUGAAAGCUUACAUUUCCGAACAAUCAAGUAAAAAUGUUUCCAUGUGCAUCUUAUUCUGGUGAUGAACCAAAGAUCGAUAGUGGAUCUUUUGACAAUAAGUCGUCUUGGCUUCAGAGCUCCACAUACUCAAAACAAAACCUCACUGUUCAUACGAAUGAAGCAGCAAAUACUGAAAAGGGAAGAGAAUCGAAAUCAGUUAAACGCCCAUCUUCUCCUAAGAAACAUAAAUUAGAGAAGAAUCAGAAAGUCACAUCAACUGCUGUAUUUUUGGAAGACAUUCCUGGACUAGAUAUUAAUAAUGCAUAUAGAAUUGAUCGAUCUUGUAACAGAGAAAUUUAUAAGCACGGUUGUAUUUACGAAAAACAUGUGUCACAAUUUAAACAGAAGAGUAAAACAAGAAUAUUGGGGUUUAAAGAUCUAUAUUUGUAUGAUCUUCUGGGCUGUGAAAUAAAACGUAAACGUGGAGUCACAAAAAAAUCGCGAUAUUUUAGUAAGUCAAGCAGGGCAAUCAUUCAAAGUCCUAGUACCGUUAUCAAGUCAUCUGAUAAAAGUGGCAUGUCGACAGAUUUAAUUCGUUUUCCUGAUGAACUUAGUACUUGCGCAUCAACAACGGGAAUAAGAAACAAUGAUAUUUUAAAUCUUUGUGAAGAACUUAACCGUCGGGUCUACGAUCGACCAGGUGAUUUGAUUUCGUGGUUCAAUUUAAUUGAUAUACAAGACAAAGAAGCUUCUUUUCUACAUAUUACAAGUGCUGGUUUUGAACAGAAACAGUUAUGUUCUGACUUUAAAUUUUCUAAAAGUGACAGACUUAUUAUACUGAAGAAGCAGUUAUCAAUGGCUGAUCGAGCUCUUACGGCUAAUCCUGGUAAUUUGACAUUGAAAUUAUUCAUAAUUAAAACAAACGAACUGGUGGCUGAACUUGAAGCUCAUGGUGCCUCGAAAUCUUCAUCUAACAAGGAAGUUUGUCAGGCAGAUCAAAUUAAUCGGGAUUGGGCUCAGCUUGUAUUCACUUAUCCCCAACUUGUACCCAUGUGGCGUGGGUAUACGGCGCAUCUUAUGGGUCGGAAUUCAUCAUUAACUACUAUAAAUCAAGGAGUUGGAAAUGGGGUAUUUUCACGCAUUGAUGGUGUUUAUAAGAGAGGUCUAUCAACAUUAUCAGGUAUAAUAUCCGGAAGAAUAUUAUCACAUAGACCACAACCAGAUACUGUAGAAAGAACAGUCGACUACUUGGCUGAUUAUUGCCAUUGGUUAGCUCAAGCAGGACAUUCAGAACGAGCUUUAGCAGUAUGGCAAGCUGUUAUUGAAUUCAAUUGUUUUCGUCCUACAGAAAUUGAACAAAGUUCAUUUGAGCAACGGAUUCUAGAAAUGGAAUUAUUUUGGUCAAGUGGUAUGCCUAGAUUUGGUCAACCUGGUUCACAACAUUGGAAUGGAUGGUUUAAAACUCGAAAUAAACGACAGGAUAAAUCGCGACUAAAAGAAUCAAAAUUAUCUAAAAGUCAUAAGAGAAAUCAAAUUAUUUCACCAAUUAUUUCCGAAAUAACUUCAGACAUGUCAGUUGAAGAACUACAUUCUAAGUGGACUAGUGUAGCUGGAAAAUUAACCGCUAUUGCUAGCACUUGUGAAGACGCAUUGAUUAGUUGUUCAGGGGAAGGUAUUCCUGAUGAAUCCUAUGAAAAUACAGGUCCAGAUGUUGUUCCAUCCAUUCUUUCGUCAGAAGUUGCAGCUGAUCAAUGGGUUCGUCGUGGGAGCAUUCCUUCACUUGCAGGCCAUGGUUCAUUUGGAAAGAGUCGAGCCAUCUUAUAUCGUCGUGGAAAAGCUUGGGUUGGUCUAGAACGUGCUCGCGAAGCAGUUGGUUGGCUACCUUCAGAUGUAUUAAACGCUCAGGAUCAAAAAGACAUAGAAGAUGAAGAUCCUGAGAGAUUAGUUUUAUUUGAUGAUAUUAAACCAUGCCUAAUAGAUUUAUGGAGAUUUGAAGAAAGAUCAACAGCUGACACUCCUCAAAGUCGAGCUCGUAGAGCAUUAUUUCAACAGCGCUUAUUCUUAUUGUGUUUAGAGUUUCUUGGAGCAUACGAUCGUGAUAUAGCUAAAUCUCAUCACUUUCCUAUGGAUAUUCGUCUUGUACAUGAUUUGGCAUCUGUGGGUAGCAUUCAACGUCAAGGUUUAACACCAUGUCCAUCACAAUCAUGGAUGUCGAGUAAUUUAGACACUACACAUAAUCGAGCUAAUAACAAUGAUAGUAACAAUAAAGGACAAUUGAAUACACCAUCACAAUUGGCUAAUGAACAUCAAGAUGUUUGGGCACAAGCCCAUCGUUGUUUUAUUGAUGCUGCACUUACUCAAAUGAAUGAAAUUCCAUCAUGGUGGCCUACUGAACUUAAGGAAAAUUGGCGUACAACGUUGAGUAAACUACGUUUUACAUUGGCAUCUGAACGUCUUUCCAAUGCUAUUCAAACACAUCUAGUUAAUGUUAAGACUGCUAUAUCCAUUUGGCGCACUUGUGGUCGGACAAUCAUAUCCGAGGGUAAAAACCAAAAAGAUUUAAAUUUAUGGCGAUCCUACGCUAAAGGUUUCUGGCAAAUAAGUCAUGAUUUACUUGUAACGGCUACAUGUCAAGAUGCUGCGAUUCCAAUUGAAGAAUCAAGACGCAUAUUUGAUUCGGCCUUAAGCAUGUAUCCUAUACCGGAAGAUUUCGGACCAUCAAUUGAUGAUAUGGAUAAGUUGGUUGAAUUUCAUCAAACUGUAUAUACUCCUAGAUUGAAACUUCUACAGGAUUAUAUUGAUUUAGAACUGGAUGUAUGCCCUGGAUCAGGUAGUUGUCAAAAAGGAUUCAAUGAAGAAAAUCGUGUAUUAUAUUUACUAACAUAUAUCGCAAUUGGUGGUGUUUACCAUUCAUAUGAACAACAAUCUACCAGUGAAAUUUUACCGUCAAUUAUUGUGAAAACUAAUUAUCGUUUUGGUAAGCGUAUUGAAGCUAUAUGGACAACAUUGGUUGGAUUGCCAGAGGAUUUAACCACUCAAAUUAAUAAUUAUCAAGAGUUUUUAGAUGGUCUACUUGGUACUGUCCCUAUUCUAUGCUAUUUAAAUUUAAUGUUUGAUCUUUUAACAACAGAUGAAAAGGUAAACCGAGUUAGUGAUGUUUUAUGAAUUUUUUCCAAAAAAGCUUGAAAACGUCUACUUAAUGUUUGAAUUAUAACAACGUGAUACAACUGCCUUUGCUCUCACUCAGAAACUAAUUGAUUUCAUACCUCAUUACUGAUACCGACCUAUAUAUAUGUUUUCGCCUAUAAACCUCUGAGGAUUAAUGUUCUCACUUAACCAUCUAAGGACUUUAGUUCGAAUAAAAGUUUAGAAAAAUUAGUUAUAAAUGACGUUUUACAGCCUUAUCUAUCGAUUUAUCAUCUGUAUUCAUUACUUUCACCUAACCUAAGCAUUAUUAUUUUAGGUGUUCCCCUGUACUUACUUCAAGGCAUCUGUAGUUGAAUCUAGCAAUAACACUGUUAUAUCCGAGUGGAGAUUAAAUUACAGGCUUUAGACUCAUCACUUGCUAGUCUACUGCCUAUUCUUGGACGAAUUGAUAGAUUAUGUAGUAAAUUUCUAUCUAUCAAUUUAGACGAAUCUUAUCCUCUUGGUUCAAAACCAAGUAGUCGUUGGUCAGAAAAUAAUAAUUUAUCUGAUGAUAAUGAUGAUUUAAUCCCGGCACCGUUACAAAAUCGUAUUUGUACUAAUAAAUUUAUUAAUUUAACAAUUGGCGGUUUAUCUGCAUUCUGUGCUCUACGUCAGCGCAAUCGACGUCCACUUUUAAAUCAUUUAUUUCAAUUAAUAAUGAAACAUAAUAAAUAUCAUUCAAGUGAUAUACUAAUGGAUUUAAUGUUGCCAUCACAAUUAAGUUAUCUUCUUCCAUCAAGGAUUUCAUUAGAUCAAAGAAAAUUACCCCUAUCUCUGAUGAAUGCAUCUUCAUGUCAUGGUCUGUUACCACCGUUAUUCUUAGCUUCUUUUAUUCAUCAAUUAAAUCAUUUAAGACAAAAUGUAGCAAAGUUAGCCUCUCAAUCUAUUAUUCAACAAUCACUGAAUAGUAUAUCACGUUCAAAUAUUCGACAAAAUCAACAACAAAAUAUUAAUUUUUUGGAAGGAUCAAUUGGUGCAGAAGUCAAUAGUUUUAUUGGUCAUCAAUUAGAACUAUGUUCUGCUUGUUUACCAAAUGUUUUAGAUUUAUUCAUUUUAAGUUUAGAAUUAGAACGAUGGACGAGUUUAAUUGCUGGUGUUACUUGUGAUUAUGGUGAUGGAAGAAAUUCCGUAAGUGAUCAACGUGUACGUAAUGCAUUUGAGAAAGCUGUGCAAAUUAGUCCAUUUCUUACAUCAUUUAUAUCUUCUGAAGGAAACUUGAUUCAUGUAGCGCUAGGUGCUAAUACACCGUCAUUCUGGUCGGCGCAUUUACGUUUAGUUAUAUGGAGAGCUUAUAUGGCAUUUGGUUGGAUGGCUGGUCCACCUCAUACUUCUAAUACAUCUACUACAACUAUUACAAAUAAUUUAGAUCCUCGUCAACGUCGUCAAGCUGUAAAAGCAGUUUUUUACCGAGCUGUUGAAGAUGUUCCAUGGGCUAAAGUAAUUUCAUUCAGAAUAUUUUUCUUAUUAUUUAAUGAGACUAUAAUUUAUGGUUGAACUUUGAGCGAUGCUGAAGUGACCUUGAGGAUACCACAUACAUGCUGGGGGUUAAAAUAAUGUUUUGAAUUAAGAGUAAGGUUUAGAGUUAGAAUUUAGGGUUUUCAUCACAAACUGGCAUCAACUUUAUUGACGAAAUGCUAUUUAACCAUAUGAAUAGACGAAUUGCGCGCCAAAGCCCAAGACUUGCUACCUUUAAUUACAUUAGUUCGUCCGUAAAUUAUAGUUUCUCCCAUUAUUUACAUUCCAUCAUUUUUAAUUUUCUCAUUUUAUUAAACGGCUAACAGUUAUUAAGAUACAAUAAAAAGGUCAUUAGUUGGAGAUUAAAUGCUAUGGGUGCUUUUAAUUUGCUAACAAAUUAAAGGUUUGUCUGGUAAUUUAAAGAAAACAUGUAUCUGGGCUAUUGUGUAUCAUUUACUAAGGUGAAUAUCAACGAUCGCACCAAGAAUUUUAAAAGGUUAAAGUGGUAUUAUAAGGUACUUCUUAAAAGUUGCUGAGACGUUAAGCAAGGUACCAUGUUAAUUGUAUCCUUUAACUUAUGAAGACCAUAUUUUGUAGUCAGAAAAAUCUCUUAUACUAUUAGUUGCUGUAUUUCGUGUCUUUUUUCAAGAUUGUUGCUGUUUGAAAUAGGCUCUACUAAUACUAUAUAUCAUGAUUGACAAUUGGAAUUUAUUUACUUUUGAAGUACCACAACAGUUCAACUUUGUGCCAAAAUCAUGCCGGCAGUGUUAAGUUGCAUGCCAUUGAUAUUUACUGAAAUUUUUCAUUGAUUGAAACAAAUAUUGAAAAGCGACAGAAGUUCUUGAUUUAGCUAGUAAAUUCAGUUGGUAUUAUUGUCGAUAUUAACUGAAAUACCGAACUGAGAUUUAUUUAAAGUUAUUACAAAUAAUCCUGUCAAAUUUUCUCCAUUGCAUUUUCUGCUCGUACUUAAUAAAAGUUUGUUUUAUGUUGACUUAUACAAUACUAACCAGUCAUUUAGUAGCAAUUCAUGUUCAUCACUUCAACUAAAAUAGUCAGUUUUGGGUGUACAAUAUUGUUUUUUACAUUUUAGGCUCUGUAUACAGAUCUAGUUCGUUAUUGUCCAGAAGAUGUUGAAGAAGUUGUUGAUUUAUUAUCGGAACGUGAAUUAAGAUUAAGAACACCGUUAGAAGAAGUUGAUCUGUUAUUGACUGCCAGGCCUCAUGAAUAAAUAUAUAUCUUGUAUACUAUGAUUAUUUUAAAUCGGAAACCAAUACAUGUAUAGUUUCUUUUCCUACGUCCAUAAGUUUAUAUACUAAUAAAUUAUUCAACAUUCA